CCUCGUUUCAGCUGAAUGUUUCAGUCAAUAAAAAACAAAACGCCAUUAUUAAAAAGCAAAUCGCGACAAGAAUUGUUUCCACUAAGACCGAAAAAAAUGGAGACAGUAGGAGAAGCGACACCGAGAGUCGCCGUGGUAGUUUUCGUCGUCAAAGGAAACUCGGUGUUGUUAGGGAAGCGCCGCUCAUCAAUCGGAAACUCAACCUUCGCUCUACCCGGCGGCCACCUCGAAUUCGGAGAGAGCUUCGAAGGAUGCGCAGCGAGAGAAGUGAUGGAAGAAACGGGACUAGAGAUAGAGAAGAUGAAGCUCUUGACUGUCACAAACAACGUCUUCAAAGAAGCACCGAAGCCAUCUCACUACGUCACUGUGUUCAUGCGUGCGACGCUUGUGGAUCCGAAUCAGGACCCGGAGAAUAUGGAGCCCGAGAAGUGUGAAGGGUGGGACUGGUACGAUUGGUUGAAUCUCCCAACGCCUUUGUUCUGGCCGCUUGAGAAAAUGGUCAAAAGCUGUUUCAAUCCUUUUUCUGAUUAAAUGCUGCAAGAAGGGCAUUUGGUCCAGUGGUAUGAUUCUCGCUCAGGGUGCCAGAGGUCCCAAGUUCACUUCUCGGAAUGCCACUCUCUUUUGUCUCUUUUAAGGACUUAUUUCUUAUCAUCCAGAGGAGAUUAAAGACUGUAUUGAAUAACAUGUUUUUUUUCUGUGCAAUGGAUUUUAUUUAACU